AUGAAGAAUAUGUUAUCAACAUCUUGGCUCGAAAGAAAUGGCGGAAACACCAACUCCAAAUACCGGUAUCAUUCCAAUCGCAUCCAUACAGAAUCAAGUCUGCCAAUUACUAAAUUAUGUCUUGGCACUCUUUAUAAAAAACAAUGUUCAGCACAAACACCAAUUCCCAUUUGGCUAGUCACAUCUGGAUUUCGUGGGUUGUUUUGUAUUUUUGUCACACUUAGUAUAUUAGGUUUUGCUGUGCUUACAGAUCGUUAUUGCAGAAAAACAUCGUCCAGUUUAUUACUAUUCAUGGGUACAUUAAUUAUAGUCAUAUCUGCUUUCUUUAAUUUUGCAUGGUCAAUUCUGGGUAUUUACUGGUCGACAUCAAUUCGAUCUACAAUUCAGCAUACCGAUCCAACACAAACUCAAACAUAUUGUCAUUCAACGCCCUAUACAUUCGUUAUGGUUGUUUCAUUAUUUCAAGCAAUAACUAUCUUAAUAUUUAUCGUGAUAUGCGUUAUCUAUAUUCGCCGAGCUCUACCAACCAUGAUCACAUAUUCGAAUGGUCAAGCAGUACAUCAAGCACAUAAACAGUAUGGUCUCUAUGUUGCAAUUUUCAUCUUAUCAUUCAUUUUUCUCACAUAA